AUGCUCGCAUGUCGUCAAGCAUCCUCCAAGAGGUGGUGAGGAGGAAAACAGUGCUUGGAAGGGAGGACGUAAAGUUGGAUUUAUAUUCCCUUUGUCAUUACCGUCUCCUGGCUCAUCUACAGCCGCCAGAAUUGUCGUGAGUCUUCGAAACCAAGCUGCAUUCCGCUCUGAUAGCUUAUUUACUCGAUCUGCGAGAACACGGGCGCAAAAUAACUUUGAAUAUCACCCCGAUCGAACCCAUGGAGGACUCUGUGACAACGUUCGAGACCCACCUCACCGCAGUCAUGGACAGUCUGAUCCGCGCGUCAGUGUGUGAGAUCACCAAACUGUUCCAGGACACGGUCAACGAUUACCUGGUGGAAAUCUCUCUCAACAGGAAGGAAAACGAUGCCCUGAAACUUAGACUCAGACUGACCGAAAACAAGUUGAGAAACGAACGCAAGUACGGAAUGGGAUGGGCAGCGGAUCGUCGCAAUUCCGGUCUGGCGGUGACGGAGGACGGUGGGCGGAAAAAACGAAAAAUGGAAGUGCCCCGAGGCCAGCAGAAGCUAGGACCGGCAGCAGCCUAUGGGAAAGGCUGGCCCGGAGGCGUGUGGGAGGAGGGAGGAGGUGCAGCUGCAGGCAUGGUGGCUGGAGGAGGAGGGAGGAAGGAGGCCAGGGAGAUGUACCUCAUCCAGUUCCCCGGGGAGGAAGAGGAAGAAGAGGAGGGAGAGGAGAUGGAGGAGGGGGAGGGCAGCCUUGCCGGAGAAGGGGAGGAGACGGGCAACAUCAAAGAGGAGACUGGAGAGGUGGAAGGGAGAUACCAGACAGCGUCUCUGCGGCUGAUCAAGGAAGCCCUGAGGAUGGACCCACCUGAUCACACCGGGUCCAGAUCCCACAGCGAAGCAGGAGAGGUGGAGAGUCCUGCAGGGCCAGACGGAGCCAAGCGCUCCCUGGCGGCGAGGUCAGGAGAGGGGAACGAGGAGGAGGAGGGCUGGGAGGUGGGUUCUUCCCCCACAGAGGACUCCCAGGGAGGGAUGAGCGUGGAGGAGCUCAGCGGCCUGGAGACUGCCCUGAGGGCCGAGAGGGGCCGGGAGAUAGCGGCCCUCAGGGGCCCCUCCCACCCCGUGACCCCCGACCCGGAAAUCGUCCCCGGCAGCGAGUACAGCCUGGCCCAGAAGUACAUCGGCCUGGACGGGCUGGAGCAGGACGGGGGCCUGGAGCGUCCCGAGGCCCCCGACGGGGAGGUGGUGGGGCCCGAGGGGGCUCUGAGGCCAGGCUGGGUCAGGAGACUGAGGGACGGGGAGGAGGCGGGGCUGGAGGUGGGGGUUGAGGCUGGGGUCGGGGUGCAGGCGGCGUCGGUGGAGCUCGCCGGCCACGAGGAGGCGCAUCACCUGGAGGGCCCGGGCAGCGUGGACGACAGCGGGGAGGAGGAGACGGGCGACCUGCUGCACUUCUGCCCCCACUGCGGGGGGGGCUUCUCCUCCGAGGCCGAGCUGGAGGAGCACCCCUGCCCCCUGGGGGGCGCCCACCUGGCGGGGGCCGGCUCGGAGGACACGCCCUUCCCGUGCGCCUCGUGCGGCAACACCUUCAGCCACGCCUGGGCGCUGAAGAACCACGAGUGCGCCUGCGCCGCCGAGCGCCCCCACCACUGCGAGCUGUGCGGCAAGCGCUUCACGCACACGCGCUCGCUGGAGCGCCACCAGGCGGUGCACACGGGCGAGCGGCCGCACCGCUGCCCGCAGUGCGGCCGCAGCUUCAGCCGCCUGGGCAACCUGGAGAGGCACCUGCGCAUCCACACGGGCGAGCGGCCGUACGGGUGCGAGGCGUGCGGCAAGCGCUUCAGCCGCGUGGAGUACCUGAAGAGGCACCAGCUCAUCCACAGCAGCGAGAGGACGGCGGGCCACCAGUGCGCCCAGUGCGGCAAGAGCUUCAGCGAACCGGAGCAGCUCAAGAGCCACCAGUGCUUCAUCAGCAUCUGACCUCCGACCUGCUUUCGCCCCUCGCCCCCCUCCAACCACCCCGACCGGUGGUCCGGGCUGCCGUUGAAGGAUGCAGAGGGUGUAACCCCGGGUGAUGAAGAGAUGCCUGCUCUUGUUGCCUCCCGAGGGGACUUUUAAAGUUGGCUCCCGUUCGAUCGAUAUGAAUGGGUUGUGAUGACUGUGGAUGUACGAUGAAUAUGCUGAUUUGUCCUUGAUUGAGAAGGGGAUCCGAUUGGAAGAGAUGCCCUACACAUGGUGAUUCAGAGACGUUUCCUUGUCGUGUCGAAUAAAGACGUUAAUUGUACAUAGAGAUACUCGUCGUGCUUUUAAAUUAUGUUCCUCGACAUUGUACAGUGUAUCUUUGUAUGACGAUAUGUUUGUUUUCUCUUGGAAAACAUCAUGGUCUUGUUUUAUUUCAACAGCGAAUAAACAUUUGGUCUUUUGUACGGUUGUAUUUCUGUACUACUUAUCUUGAAUAAACAGUUGACUUAAUGCA